GCUAGGUCUAAUACAAUGAGAUUCUUGAUACCUGUUAUGCUUCUUUUUCUCUUAUUUACCUUCAAUGUGGUAUGUGCUGUUCAAAAGGGAUCAUUGAUCAAUAAAGAUGCAGUUUUGGCUUCUGGGAGUUCUGCAACUGUUAGAAGUGGUGGGUGUGAAAAGCAAAGAGGUGAAUGCAAGGGAAGAAAUGUUGGGUCUGAAGAAACUGUUUUUGAGAAUGAAGAUUACGUUUAUACCAACUCUUUACCUUAGUUAGAUCAUCACAUCACAUAGUUUUGGUUCUUGUAAUAGGAAUUCAUAUUCCUUUACUGGAUGAUAUUUAUGUGUCAUAUUUAUUGAAAUCUUUAUUUUGUGAAUAUCAACUAAAGAGUUAUGUUUAUUAUGUGUGAAACAAUAGUUUAUCCAUGAUUUAUUAGUAACAAAUCUCAACAUUUUUCUUUUGAGCUUUAUGAUUUUUUCAAUCUAUAAAAUAAGUAAUUUCGUCAUGCUUUUGCUUUUUAGCAAAUCAAAUACUGACAUAACAGGGAAAAUUGUAUUUAUGAACUUAGAUCUAAUGGUCAGUUGGUCACAAAGAUCUACAUUACAUAAGCAAAAAUUAUUUUUUAAUAAGACUUAAACAAAAGAUAUCUUCUGAUAAAAAUUACUACUAGAAUACAUUUUUCUGUGGAUGGGAGAUUUCUGAACAAUUCAUGGAGAAGAAGAGCAAAACCACCAACAAAAUAACCUCAAAUACUUUGCCAGUAGAGAAAGACUGGCUGACAUGGCGCACAAAUUACUCUCAACGUUAUCUCCAAGUUAAGUGCAUUUGACGAUAAAGAAUGUAGAAGACCGGGUGCGUCUCCACAGCAUAUAACGUCUGUGUUGGAACAUAGAACAUAGUAUUGUGUAAUAAAAAACUCUAGAGUCUCACAUCGGAUACUAGAGAAUACUAGUGUGUGUAGCAUACUAAUAUGUGUAACACACAUUAUUUAGCUCUCAAAACUAUAUAAUGAAUGCUUGAUAUAAGUGGGAAAUAACAGUCAUCUCAGAAAUAUCUUGCCAGUUGCCGCUAUUGUGUGCAGGCCGAAUCAUAUAACUUUACUACAAAACAUAUAUUUAAUCCAAUUAGCAAUAGCACAAGAACAAUCUACAUUCAUUUCCAUUUUCAUAGUUCACGUUCACAUUGUUAUUAUCGAAUAUAAAAUAAAAUAUUAUUUCAUUUAACUAGUACUAAGCAAGUUUUUUAGUCAAAACACAAACGUUGCUCUCAUCACUUAGAUGAUUAUAUAACCCCCAUCUUUGUUUCUGCAUUAGACACACAUAUAACACUUUACAAAAGCAAUUUGAAAUCUCCCAAAAUACCUAUCAUGAUUUUGAUUUGUAUAUCAAUUUUUCUAGUUUCUCUUAUUUGUUUAUGGCUAUGGGGAACCAAGAACAAAACAAAGAAAUUACCACCAGGACCAAAAGGGUUACCAAUUAUGGGUAGCCUUCUAAAAUUAGGACCAAAUCCUCAUCGCGAUCUUCACCAACUAUCCCAAAAAUAUGGACCAAUUAUGCACUUACGCUUAGGUUUAGUACCAACCAUAGUUGUUUCUUCACCUCAAGCAGCUGAACUUUUCCUUAAAACCCAUGAUCUUGUCUUUGCAAGUAGACCACCAACUGAAGCAGCAAAAGUUAUCUCUUGGGAUCAGAGGAACUUGAGUUUUGGUAAAUAUGGUUCUUAUUGGCGCAACAUGAGAAAAAUGUGUACUUUAGAAUUGUUGAGCCAUGCGAAAAUCAAUUCUUUUAGCACUGUGAGGGAACAAGAACUUGACCUAUUGAUAAAGUUUCUAAAAGAAGAAGCUAACAAUGGAACAAAGGUUGACUUAAGUGCUAAGGUUUCUUCACUCAGUGCUGAUAUGAGUUGUAGAAUGGUUUUUGGGAAAAAGUAUAUGGAUAAGGAUUUGGAUGAGAAGGGGUUUAAGGGGGUGAUGCAAGAGGGCAUGCAUUUGGCAGCUAAGCCUAAUAUUGCUGAUUACAUUCCUUAUCUUGGACCAUUUGAUCUGCAAGGGCUAACUAGGCGUAUGAAGGCGAUUGGGAAAAUAUUUGAUGAUUUUUUUGAGAAAAUUAUUGAUGAGCAUAUCCAGUCUGACAAUAAAGAUGAUAAGAAUAAGGAUUUUGUAGAUGUUAUGUUGAGCUUUGUUGGUACUGAGGAAUCUGAAUACCGUAUUGAACGACCCAAUAUCAAAGCUUUAAUGCUGGAUAUGCUAGCAGGCUCAAUGGAUACUUCUGCAACAGCAAUUGAAUGGACAAUUUCAGAGCUACUAAAGAAUCCAAGAGUGAUGAAAAAAGCACAAAAUGAGUUAGAAACUGUGGUGGGUAUGAAGAGAAAAGUGGAGGAAUCAGAUUUGAACAAGUUAGAGUAUUUGGACAUGGUUAUAAAAGAAAGUCUUAGGUUCCAUCCAGUAGCACCACUAUUAAUACCACACCAAUCCUUGGAAGAUUGCAUGGUUGAAGACUUUUUCAUACCUAAAAAAUCAAGGGUCAUUGUGAAUGCAUGGUCAAUUAUGAGAGACCCAAAUGCUUGGACUGAUCCAGAAAGGUUUUGGCCUGAGAGAUUUGAAGGAAGUAACAUAGAUGUUAGAGGGCAUGAUUUUCAACUCAUACCAUUUGGCUCUGGUAGAAGAGGUUGUCCUGGAUUGCAAUUAGGACUAACUGUGAUUCGUUUAGUAGUGGCUCAACUUGUGCAUUGCUUUGAUUGGCAAUUGCCUGAUCAUAUGUUACCAAGUGAAUUAGACAUGACAGAAGAGUUUGGUCUUACAAUGCCUAGAGCUAAUCAUCUAAUUGCCAUCCCUACUUAUCGUCUUUGUAGUGAUAGCAAUUAGAUUAAGGUUUUAUUUGGAUAAACAGAUAAUUAAGCGUUUAUAACAAGGAGUUAUGUUAGUAGAUAAACUUAAUAAAUCAUCGUAAAAGACAAUGUAGUUGAUACUUGAUGUUAAUAUUUAUGUUUGAAUAA